CGCAUCAAGAGCAUAAUAUGUUAUCUUUACAUCCAUUAAACUAACUAGAUUUUUAGAGAUUAAUAUGUUGAAUUUUGGUUUGACAAGGUUGAUCAACAUUUGGAAAAUUUCAAAAUGUGACACAGUCAGGGUUCAUCAGGACAGUGAAAGAGUAGAACAAAUAAAUUUAAAAGAUCACAAUAAUCAGGGUACUUGGAUCCCUGCUGAGUCACAUUCUGGAAAAUUUCCUUCACCGUUGCUCCUGCCUCACUUUGUUUGUAUAUUUGCUUUGAAGAUUCAUCAUCAUGACAAGAUAUCUGAUCAUCCAAUGUUGUGAGGUUCCCAUACUCACUUGCUCCUUUUGGCAGAUCAAAUAAAUGUUGCCUUGAAAUAUGUAGAUCUAACUCUGAAAUCUGGCUAUAUGUUGUUGAUGGAAGUAUUCUCUGAAUGUAUACAAAGCUGUGUUAAGAAAGGCAAGUUGGACACAUUGGUGUUGAUAAUUGAGAGGUGCAAGGCAAUGGAUCAAACUAUAGCUCUUUGUCCACCGUGGAGUGUAUGCAACUACAUUGUUGAAAUUGUGAUGCAAGAUGACAAUAGCAAAUUAGCAUUUUAUGAAUUUAUGGUGAAAUGGAUUGCUAGAGGCGAGAUGGCAAGGCCUCCUGUUCAUCUUUCCAUGGAUGAACGGCUGGUUUUAUUGGCAUUUGGAAUUGCUGGAAGAACAUUUAGUUCUACUCUCCUAGAUGCUUCUUGGGCAAUCGUGCGACGGUCUUUACGGCAAAAGAAUACACCUAGUCCAGCUUCGUACAUAUGCUCUUCCCUGGCUGGGCAAUUUAUAGAGGGCCUUUAG